UCCUACACGAUUACUCACACCUAGUACUGAAUACAUACCUAUAGCACAUACCGGUCUACACUCAGUCACUUGGCAUCUAUAACUGGUUACAACUAUACAUCGCAAAAUGUAUCUAAAAACAGUAAUAUUAUUAUGUGCUUUCUUGACCGUGGCGCACGCAAAGAGUGUGUUCGUAGGUCAAGUGUACCAACAAGGGGUUAUAAAUAAAGUGUAUGAGAAGACAGUAGAAGCCACCGGGAUACCAUUACUCAAAAGAGAGGAAGAGGUGUACUUCGAGUAUCCACUAGGAGAUCAGAGGAUCAAAGGGAUCGCGAUCAAGGAUCUAGAGAACGGUUUAGCGGAGCCGUCCAUCAAUCGUGGUGGUCUAGGCUCUAAUUUCGUCAAUAUAAAGCUGAAGAGUCAGAGGGGAUCUGGAUUCAAGUUCCUCAUAGAAAUAUAUGCGUGAAUUACUGUUUUAUCGAAGGAUAUUGUGUAUUCGAAAUGUUAUGUUGGUGAUUAAAUUAAUUCAAUGUUUU